UCCGUCCAGGCCGCAGCAGCAACCGCUCCCAGAAUAGCGGACGUGAGACCGAAUAGUCGGCGGCCAGAGAAGUUUCCUGCCGCUGCUUCGGGGUCGGACGACGAAGCGAUUCUUGUUUUAACAACCCUGAGCCGGAAGCAAGACUCAUGAGUGACGGUGACAAGAACCCAGCCAGCACCCCCACCCCAGUCACUGAUGUGCAAGGGGAUGGACGAUGGAUUUCCCUGCACAAUCGUUUUAUUGCCGAUAGCAAAGACAAGGAACCAGAGGUUGUCUUCAUCGGGGAUUCUUUGGUGCAACUUCUUCACCAGUUUGAGAUCUGGAGGGAGCUUUUCUCCCCUCUACAUGCUCUCAACUUUGGCAUUGGGGGUGAUGCCACUCAGCACGUGCUCUGGCGCCUGCAGAACGGGGAGCUGCAGCACAUCCGACCAAAGAUUGUGGUCGUCUGGGUGGGCACCAACAACCACGGACACACAGCAGAGGAGGUAGCUGGCGGCAUAGAAGCUAUUGUGCGUGUCAUCAAUCAGCAGCAACCGCAGGCCCGGGUGGUUGUGAUGGGCUUGCUGCCCCGGGGCAAGAACCCCAACCCUCUAAGGGAGAAGAACCGAAGAGCGAACGAACUACUUGAGAGUAAGGUGCCGCUGCUGCCUAACGCCUCCUUUUUCAAUGCCGAUCCGGGUUUUGUGCAUUCGGAUGGGACCAUAAGUCACCAUGACAUGUACGACUACCUCCACCUGAGCCGCAAUGGGUAUGCUAGACUCUGUCCUGGGCUGCAUCGCCUGCUGCUGUGUUUGCUAGGAGAAUGCCAUGCCCAGGCUCCUUGACCGAUAGGGUUAUCCAUGCCCAAGAUGGACCCAGGCCCUGGCAGGGGGUGCCCACUUAGCGGCUAGAAGGCGGCUGCCAUCUCCUCCUCCCGUCUUCAGCUGGGUAGGCAAUAGAUGCAGCUCCCCCAACAGCUGUUUCUUUUGCCUUUGCUUACCCAGUAUUCAGCACUGAAUAGUGGUUUUCCAUCCCUUUCAGCAUGGGUGUUAGUUCUUUAGACUGUUAAGUGGUUGUGGGAAAUUGGGUCGGGAUGGAUGGGAGCUAAAAACAGUUCUGGGAAAGGAGAAGCAUGUUGGCCUAUUUAUGCCCGGGGAAAAUACACUGGGCACAGAGCAAGUUAAUGGGAACUGGCCUAUGUUUACUUAAUAAAAAUCAGUGUGUACA